GACUGGGCAUGCUCAGAAGCCAGGGCUGGCUUUGGUCUCAAGUAGGAAGCUUUUGCACUCGGGAGGCAGCGACGACUUUGGGGAAAGUUGAUCCGAGAGGGGAGGAAGCCCCAAGACGCGGAGCAGCGGCAGGAAGGAGCCCCCGGCAGCCCGGAGGAGCAUGGGCACCCUGCGGGAUUUACAGUACGCGCUCCAGGAGAAGAUCGAGGAGCUGAGGCAGCGGGAUGCUCUCAUCGACGAGCUGGAGCUGGAGUUGGAUCAGAAGGACGAACUGAUCCAGAAGCUGCAGAACGAGCUGGACAAGUACCGCUCGGUGAUCCGACCAGCCACCCAGCAAGCGCAGAAGCAGAGCGCCAGCACCUUGCAGGGCGAGCCGCGCACCAAGCGGCAGGCGAUCUCCGCGGAGCCCACCGCCUUCGACAUCCAGGAUCUCAGCCAUGUGACCCUGCCCUUCUACCCCAAGAGCCCACAGUCCAAGGAUCUUAUAAAGGAAGCAAUCCUCGACAAUGACUUCAUGAAGAACUUGGAGCUGUCCCAGAUCCAGGAGAUUGUGGAUUGUAUGUACCCGGUGGAGUAUGGCAAAGACAGUUGCAUCAUCAAAGAAGGAGACGUGGGGUCGCUGGUGUAUGUCAUGGAAGAUGGGAAGGUUGAAGUUACUAAAGAAGGUGUUAAGUUGUGCACCAUGGGCCCAGGAAAAGUGUUCGGGGAGUUAGCUAUUCUUUACAACUGUACCCGGACCGCGACCGUCAAGACUCUUGUAAAUGUGAAGCUCUGGGCCAUCGACCGACAAUGUUUUCAGACGAUAAUGAUGAGGACAGGACUCAUCAAGCACACGGAGUACAUGGAAUUUUUAAAAAGCGUUCCAACAUUCCAGAGCCUUCCUGAAGAGAUCCUUAGCAAGCUUGCUGAUGUCCUUGAAGAGACCCACUAUGAAAAUGGGGAAUAUAUUAUCAGGCAGGGUGCAAGAGGAGAUACCUUCUUUAUCAUCAGCAAGGGAAAGGUAAAUGUCACUCGUGAAGACUCACCAAGUGAAGACCCCAUCUUUCUUAGAACUUUAGGAAAAGGAGACUGGUUUGGGGAGAAAGCCUUGCAGGGGGAAGAUGUGAGAACAGCAAACGUAAUUGCCGCCGAAGCUGUGACCUGCCUUGUGAUUGACAGAGACUCUUUCAAGCAUUUGAUUGGAGGGCUGGAUGACGUUUCUAAUAAAGCGUAUGAGGAUGCUGAAGCUAAAGCAAAAUAUGAAGCUGAAGCUGCUUUCUUCGCCAACCUGAAGCUGUCUGAUUUCAACAUCAUUGAUACCCUUGGAGUUGGAGGUUUCGGACGAGUAGAACUGGUCCAGUUGAAAAGUGAAGAAUCCAAAACAUUUGCAAUGAAGAUCCUCAAAAAACGGCACAUUGUAGACACAAGACAGCAGGAACACAUCCGCUCCGAGAAGCAGAUCAUGCAGGGGGCUCAUUCCGAUUUCAUAGUGAGACUGUACAGAACAUUUAAGGACAGCAAAUAUCUGUAUAUGCUGAUGGAAGCUUGCCUAGGUGGAGAGCUCUGGACCAUUCUCAGGGAUAGAGGUUCGUUUGAAGAUUCUACAACCAGAUUUUACACAGCAUGUGUGGUAGAAGCUUUUGCCUAUCUGCAUUCCAAAGGAAUUAUUUACAGGGACCUCAAGCCAGAAAAUCUCAUCCUAGAUCACCGAGGUUACGCCAAACUGGUUGAUUUUGGCUUUGCAAAGAAAAUAGGGUUUGGAAAGAAAACAUGGACUUUUUGUGGAACUCCAGAGUAUGUCGCCCCAGAGAUCAUCCUGAACAAAGGACAUGACAUUUCAGCUGACUAUUGGUCCCUGGGAAUCCUAAUGUAUGAACUUCUGACUGGCAGCCCACCUUUCUCAGGCCCAGAUCCCAUGAAGACCUAUAACAUCAUCUUGAGGGGGAUUGAUAUGAUAGAAUUUCCAAAGAAGAUUGCCAAAAAUGCUGCUAACCUAAUUAAAAAACUAUGCAGGGACAACCCGUCAGAAAGAUUAGGGAAUUUGAAAAAUGGAGUCAAAGACAUUCAAAAGCACAAAUGGUUUGAGGGCUUUAAUUGGGAAGGCUUAAGAAAAGGCACCUUGACGCCUCCUAUAAUACCCAGUGUUGCGUCGCCCACAGACACAAGCAAUUUUGACAGUUUCCCUGAGGACAACGAUGAACCACCGCCUGACGACAACUCAGGAUGGGACAUAGACUUCUAAUGUAUUUCUCUUACCUGCUUCUGCCUUGCUGAAGACAGCUUUUUCUGAGACACAGCUGCCAGCAAACCUGAGGGAAAGAGAGAAGAUUAGUGCUCGGGGUCACCAUGAUGCCUUUGAUCGAUGCUGCUCCAGUAACUACAGUGGCAUUAGGACUUAUCGCUUAGAUGACAAUAGUGCUCUUUACAUGUUUUCUGUUUGAACCUAAAAUAGCAGUUGACAUGGUGGUCCUGAAGCAAAGCCUUUCACCAGUAAAGAGAUGUUUUCUAUUGUUGCAAUGAUCUUGCUUUGCUCUGAUUAUAAUUUGAAAGGCUGUAGGAAACACUUCAAUCUAGUAAAAGAGGUUGUACCUUGCUAGAAUAUUCAAGGAGAAGAAAGAAUAAUAUAUUGGGUACGAUAGAUUACUAUGGUACAGAAACUGGGCGAUUCCCUUUUUUCAAGUGCAGGUGGCGGGAUCUGUUACUGCAAGCCGGUCUAUAUACCGCACAAAAGAGGACCACACAUCCGAUGGUCACAGAGUUCAUGUCAAACCAGUGCUAGAAGUUUUACCAUUUUAUUUCCCAGUAGUGCUGAGGACAAGACUGAAUGUUACCUUUUCUUUCUGACAGAUUUUAAAAAUUGAUAUGAUAAAAGCACAACUGCUGUGGAUUCUGCUGAGACCUCUUCUAGCAGGUAGAUCUGUGUUCUUCACAGAGGAUUGAGAAAUAAUGCAUGAGAUUUUGUUUUUGAUAAAUUGGCAUGACAGAGUGGGGGAAAAAAGCAAUUCACAAAACCAUUUCAUUUAAAAAAAUAUAUUCUGUCAAAGAUGGGUCCUGGAAGUAAAUGACUAGCAGCCAAUUGGUUUUAUUUAUUACCUAACAUACCCUCAAACUGAGGCUUAAAGUAUUCCCUUUUAUAAAAAUAAACCCUUGGGGUGGAGUGGGGUUGGGAGGGAUUAAAACUGAUCCAAAAAAUAAGUUAAAAACUAUAUAGGUGCUAUGUAUAUCUUUCAUCUGUAAAUGUCAGUGUCCGAACAGACAACACAAAUUCUAAUCAUUACAUGUGUAGCCAGAGACUCAAGCAUUUCCACCAAAUUUAUUAAAUCAAACUCCUGUCAGAUUUCACUUAGACAACACCUUCUAGGGUUGAGGGACAAAGGUGAUUAAAAAGUUAUUUAAACCAGCUUCUUGUCUUAGGCCUGAACCAAAAAACACCAAAUUCAAAUUUAAAAAUGAAG